AUGGCUUUUCACCCACUAAUUAUCACAGCACGAGGGUUGCGAAGCCCCAUCGGUCGAGUUUUGACAGCCGUCCUUCCGCCCGCUAAUUUCCUGACACUGCAUUACCUCUACUUCAUCGGGACCUGUCUGAUUAGCAGUAUCAUUUUCUAUCUCACAUCAACACCUUGGAAGAAUGUGGCUUACGUUGAUGCCAUCUUCUUGUGCGUGUCGGCUAUGACCGGAGCGGGCCUUAAUACUGUCGACCUGUCAACUUUGAACACAUUUCAGCAGGUCAUCCUGUUUAUCCUGCUGAUUCUUGGCUCGGCCAUUCUCAUCUCGAGCACUGUGCUGAUGGUGCGCAAGCGGGCAUUUGAGGCUAAGCUAAAAGGAGUCUCAGAUGAACGCGAGGCUUCCAGGGAGGCCUCUAGACAGGCCUCCAGGCGUGCAUCAGUCUUGGAACUGCAGACGGAAAAUGCGGAUGUCUUGGAACAUUCCCUUUCCGAUAACGGCCAGACCUUGCCAGGGCAUCGCAAGAAAUCAACCACGGUCAACGUCCAAGAAGCCUCAGGGGAAUCGUCUACCCGCCAUGAUCAACACUGGGUGGACGAUGACCAAGUAACAGUGGCAGAUCUACACACACGACACCACCGUCAACACACCCUCUUCCCCAUGGCGGGUAUCGGAGCUCGGCCAGAUCUUCAAAACCACCCCCGCGACGUGGCUGGUCCAAUGCCGCUGUAUGCCGAAGAUGAAAACCCAAGUUUCAAGCAUAAGAUGAUCCGCGGCACGCAGAAGUACUUCUUUUCAAAAGGGAAGAUCUCGCGUAACUCACAAUUCCAUGGACUGACAUCUGCUGAGCGAGAAGAGCUUGGCGGUGUCGAGCUCAAAGCAGUUUCCUUUCUCUCCAUUAUUGUCUCACUAUACUUCUUCAUGUGCCUGCUGCUCGGUAUCCUUGGCGUGGGAGGAUGGCUGCAAGCGAACCACCCUGAUGUUGCUGAAGUGAACGGACUGAAUCCCUUUUGGACGGGUGCCUUCUUUGCCGUCUCAGCCUUUGUGAAUAGUGGCAUGUCUCUGCUGGAUAAGAACAUGACCGCCCUGCAACUCAGUGCCUACCCUCUCCUCACACUGGGAUUCCUCAUUCUUGCUGGGAACACACUUUACCCCUGCUUUCUUCGCUUCAUCAUCUGGACCAUGCGAAUGAUGAUACCGGACCGACCAGCAUGGAAAUCAUGGCGCAUGACCCUAGAUUUUAUCCUCGAGCAUCCACGGAGGGUAUAUACCAACCUUUUCCCAGCCCGACACACCUGGUACCUCCUCGGCACAAUCAUAAUCCUCAACGGGAUCGAUUGGGCUGGCUUCGAACUCCUCUCCAUCGGAAAUAAAGAAAUCGAAGCCCUCCCAUCCAAGUACCGCGUCCUUGACGGCUUGUUCCAAGCGUUAGCCGUGCGAGCCGGAGGCUUCUACGUGGUCACAAUCGCCGACCUGCGCCAGGGCCUAUUAGUCCUAUACGUGCUGAUGAUGUACGUUUCAGCGUACCCUGUACUCCUCACAAUGCGCAACACCAAUGUCUACGAGGAACGCUCACUGGGCAUCUACGCCAAUGACGAAAGCGAAGAGCCCGCUAAUACAAGUCGGAGUAAUGUGCUCAUGGAUAUUAUCCGCCAGCACAUGGGUCGUCCUACGCUAACCGAGUCCUCACGCGGGUACUUCGUGCACCAACAACUGCGUUCCCAACUCAGUCAUGACUUAUGGUGGAUUGCACUCGCGGUGCUGUUCAUAGCGAUAGCUGAGAGCGACCACUAUGAGGACCAACCGGUCGCAUUUUCAACCUUCAAUAUUAUCUUCGAGGUUGUUUCUGCGUACGGUUGUGUCGGCGUGAGCGUCGGGUAUCCUGGGAAGAAUUAUAGUUUCUGUGGCGCUUGGCAUACUAUUAGCAAGUUGAUUCUUGCUGCUGUUGCUCUUCGUGGACGGCAUCGUGGAUUACCUGUCGCCAUUGACAAGGCUAUCAUGCUACCUAGUGAAUCUUUGGCGUGGGCGGAGGAAGAAGAUGCUGCGAUGAGAAGAGAGCGGACUAGGGCUUGGGGCCAGGAGAGGAUGCCUGUUGGAUCUGUGUAA